AUGAUGCGUCAAGCCACCAGCCCACAUGUUAUGGCUGUCCGAGGGGUCUUCAAGGGUCGAACACCCUCCUCUGGCGGGUCAACACAGCUUGGUGUGGUCAUGGAGCUCAUGGAAAGAGGAUCAUUGGCCUCCCUACAGGAAGCAUUGAGGGGAACUCCACCCUGGCCGCUGGUCUUCAGACUGGCUCACCAAGUGGCUCUGGGUAUAAACUACCUCCACAGUCUGACCCGUCCCGUGCUACACCAAGACCUGAAGCCCCAAAACGUGCUGCUGGACGAUGCUCUCAAUGCCAAGCUUACAGAUUUUGGCCUUGCCCGGAUUUCCUGCAGCGUCACACAGGUUUCCAAGGACGAUGAACCACUAGGAGGGACGAUUAAUUACAUGCCACCAGAGGCUUUAAAAAGCACAUCGUACAAACCUACCAGAGCCUUUGAUAUCUACAGUUAUGGGAUACUCCUAUGGUCCAUUGUCACAGGGAAACGACCAUAUGAAUAUUCAAAGCCCGAAAUAGUGAUGUUGCGCGUCCCACUGGGAGACCGCCCACAGCUGGAUGAUAUCAAGGGCGAUGCUGCCGGGUUGACGGAGUUGACAGGACUGAUGAAGAGAUGCUGGGAUCAUAAACCUGAACGAAGGCCCAGAGCCCUUGAGUGUACAACGGAGACAGAACAACUGUUCAAGAUGCACGAACAUACAAUCAAUAAAGCUGUCCAUGAAGUGCUGAAGAAACUGGACCAAAAGGAAGGAAAAGGCAUGGGAGCAGGAAAGAAGGUUCCGAGGGAUCAAAUCUGGGUACAGACCUUCGAAUCUGUCUGA